AUAGUCGCGCAGUCCUCUCUCGCUCGAGUUUGUUCGGCGGCUCUGGCUUUUUUCGCCCAUCGUGCGACUGGCUCUCGUGUCGAGUGUGCGUAUAUAGAGACUACUGUCUGCCGUAGCUCGCUCGCGCCGCAGUAGUGUGCGGCUAAUCGGCUCUUGGGGAGCUUGGCGCGACUGCCCCGUGUGCGUGCGCGUAUUGUAGCAGCAGCAGUAGCUGUUCGUCAGAGAGAAGGAGAUCACGCAUUAUACAGUCCGAUCGCGCGAGAGCCGGCUUCUUUUCCCGCUGCUGCAGGAAAAAGAAAAAACAACGCGACACUUUCUCUCCCCUGCGUGUCGUCGAGUGAGACUCGAGGAAUCUUUCUGCUGCUGCGAGACUCGACCAUGGCCGGAUUUGCGUGGGUGACGUUGGCCACCAAUGACUCCUACUCGUUGGGCGCCUUAGUCUUGGCACAUUCUCUGAAGCGAGUAGGCACUCAACAUGACCUGGCGGUCCUCAUUACACCCGGAGUCACCGAAUCCAUGAGGGAAAAACUAGCAUCGGUAUUCAAUUUAGUGCGAGAGGUCAAUGUAUUAGACUCAAAGGACGAAGCUAAUCUGGCUGUACUGCAGAGGCCGGAGUUGGGAAUUACAUUCACCAAACUGCACUGCUGGAGACUCACGCAGUACGAAAAAUGUGUCUUCAUCGACGCAGAUGCUCUGGUUGUGAGAAACUGCGACGAGCUGUUCGAACGAGAGGAGUUGUCCGCGGCACCGGAUGUGGGCUGGCCCGAUUGCUUUAAUUCUGGCGUCUUCGUGUUCAAGCCGUCCCAACAGACGUUCGCCUCUAUCACGUCGUUCGCCGCGAGCCAGGGAUCAUUCGAUGGUGCCGAUCAGGGCCUACUCAACAUGUACUUUAGCGACUGGGCACACAAGGACAUGUCCAAACAUCUGCCCUUCAUCUACAACAUGUGCUCCACCGCAACUUAUUCCUAUGCGCCUGCAUUCAAGCAAUACGGAGAGAAUGUAAGAAUCAUCCACUUCAUUGGAGCAACCAAACCCUGGCUGCAGUACUUCGACACGUUAACCGGCAUUGUUCAACCACCGCCCGGCUGUAAUCACUUGCAGCCGCUCUUGCAAGUAUGGUGGAAUAUAUUCUGCGACGACGUGCAUCGGCAGCUCACAGAUGUUAUGAGUUCAAAGACCCAUGGGAGAAUUACCAAGAACGUAACGACCCCUUUUUUAACACGAAUAAUCAGUCGAGCAACGAUGACAAAACGCAUCGCUGUAACACGAUAACAAACUCCACCGAUCAAACGCUACCAGACAAUCAACGUCACCAAACCGAACUAACAUCAGCUCCAUCUUCAUCAUCGGAUCACGGGAACAGUGAUCGUCACGAUCACGUUCCUUCGCAUUCGCAUGAAAAUUCUCAAUCCAAACGACAAGAAAGCUUCACGCCCGAAAACCAAUCGAGUCACUCCAACGCAUGUGCUGGCACAUCGAGUGAACAGCACAAUCGGACCGAUGAACACGUUUCAGAUGCGAAAUGGCUUUCCGAAAAUCUCGAACAGAUUAACGCCAUGUGCGAAUGUAUCGAGGAGUUCCAAAACGUAAUCGAAAGUCUUAAUGAGCAUUCCGAUCAUCAAGACAGCCGUGAAAACCGUACAGAUAAUCAUAGUCAACCUAGCACAUCUACGACAGUAAAUGAUUCACACAACGGUAGACAAAGUACUAACAAAGCGAUCAAAAGCAAUAAAUCGCGGACGGAAAAACCACACAAUUCCAGUAAAUCCUCAGACACCCCACGCCCCUAUACGAAUUCCCAUAACGUAACAACGCAAUCCGUAUUGAGUGCUUCGCCAAGCAUAGAGAAUGCAGAAGGUGGAUUGGCAGGAGCGUUGUCGAAGUUGACCCUGGGUGAGUCUCGAUCCGACGAACAGAAAGCAAUAGAAGAUCACAUGCGAAAACAGAAUUGGGAGCAAGGUCACAUUGAUUUCAUGGGUCGGGAUAGCUUUGACAAUAUCCUGAAGAAGAUCAACGAGACGCUAGCGUCGGCACCACCACGUCUGCCCCCUCCUGUUGAGGAAACCCAACAGCCCAAAAAAGGUACCAGCAAAAGCAGUGAGGUGGAAGCAGCUGUAGAAGGAAGCGAAGUUGCUUUACCCGUUUUAGCAACGGACGAUCAAGCCGAGGGAUCAUCAAAAAUCGCAAGCCAAAGAAUUUCGAGUUCUGAAGUCACGUCACCUUCACUUGACCAUCACGAGCAGCCGCAAGUAGAAGCAUCAGUCCGCGCUAUAGACAGUGAAAUCGCUAGUACCAUUUGCGAGCAAGAGUCGACUUUAACUCAGGGCAGUGUCGAGCCUACCGAAAAGUUAGUUCCUACGACGCAAUUGACAGAGGCUAAAAUAGAAAUCGCCGAAUCUGUUAAAGAAAGUAGAGAAGUUACGGAGAGUAUUGCUAGUAAAUCAUCCGACACAUCACUAGUUACGCCAUUGCAAACCGUAGCACAAGAUAAGCCAGCCGAAGAGUCUACGAUUGCGCAAACACCGGUUCAAGUGGUAUCCGAGGCUACAACCGAGUGUCCCGUUCCCAUACAAGUAGCCGAAUCAGUUUUACAAGCAGAGCCUAAGGAGUCGGUUUCCGAAGAUCCGAGACUCAUAGUCGAAGCGUUAGUCUCCUCCAUUAUACCACCGGUUCAAGAAUCCGCUGCUGCUGUCUCCGAAACAUUGAUCGAAGCUAGGCCCGUCACAGUGCCAGACGCGGUUCCCCAACCGCAGCAAUUGAAUGGUUACGAUCCAUCUUUGAAACUGGAAGAUGAAAUUGCUUUACCCCCGACCGUAACGCAUAUCGCGACUGCUUCGAUCAGUCCAGAUGUCGUAUCGUCAGUUGACAACGUUGUGCCUCUGGAAACUGAACAAGGAGCGCAAGCUGCACAAGGUAGUCAGCCAACUCAAGCUCAAGCUCACCCAAAUGCACCAAGCGCAGCGGACGCUCAACCAGAGCAGAUCUCGCAAGACGUCUGUCAGAGAAGCAAGUUGACGGUAACACUGCCAUCGUCCGAUGCCGCCGAAGAAACAGUCACUGAAAAAGAGGAUCUGAGUACUAGUCAAUCCGAAGCUGUCGCAACAGACGAGUCAGCAGAGUGUCCAGUUAGACCCACGAGAUCAAAGGAUCUGAAGAUUCCCGGGACUCCAGUGGUAAUUGGACCGACCCCACCGACUAGUCCUCCAUUGGACGCAGAAGCGGCCCAAACGACUGAGGAAGGAGUACAGGCAGUGGCAAAAACAGCGACGGAAGUUGAGAAGCCGGUCGAAUCUCAGGAAACGGAGGAACAACCAAAAAAGAAAAUGACGAAGAAGUCUUCCUCGGAAAGCGAUCCUCCGAGUUCACCGGAAACCGAAGGAUCUAGCAAGAAAAUCGUUAAGAAAGUCAAAAAAGUCAAAGUGGGCGAGGAAGGCGCCAGUGGUGGCGAUAAACCAAAGAAAAAGAUAGUUAAGAAAGUCGCGAAAACUUCAUCGUCGACAAGUCUCGAAGCGGACAAGAGCGUCCCCGAAACGCCACCACCUGCCGAAACGUCCGACGUACCGGUACCUCCGAAGCGCAAGAGCAAAAGCUCUGGGGAUGAAAAGCCUACCGGUAAGAAGAACGAGUAACUUCGCAAAGCAAUCUCAGUGCUUCAUCGUACUUUAUCGACUUUAUUAUUACUAUGAGAGCCUAGAAAUAUAUUACACGCUGUUAUUUAUAGUAAUCAGAGCAGAUGCGGACAAUAAACUUUAAAAUUCAAGGUCUGAACAAGAAUAAGUUAUGUCAUAUUCUAAUAAUCGUUGAUUUUCGUAAAGCAACAUCGAACUUGUCUGUAUACUGUCUGGCUUGGCUAUUAAUGUGACUUCAGACUGUUUUAAUUCUUUUCUAUAUUCUAUCAUCUUAAAAAGAAAAAAAAAUCAUUCAUACUGUGUAGACAACAUCUCAAUUUUACUUUCUUUUUGUAAUCGCGAAAAUAUCAUAUCAAGUGAGCACGGCAUUUGCUUAGUUUUAGAUGGGGAACUUGCAUGAUUUUUCAUUUUAAUAUUAUUCGGUAUUAUAGAAAAGAAAAAUAAUUUUCAUGAUGCUCAACUAUUUUUACUAGCAUGCGCGAAUUUUAAUAUGCUAAAUUUUAUCUCUGCGUUCAACUAUGCGAACGUUAAUCGAUAUAUUAGAGAAACGACUGAAAACUCUCUAAAUCUGAAAGAGUGAAACAUCACUCGAAUUAGAGGCAAAAUUGAGUCACUCUUUGCAAAGAGUGACUCAAUUUCGACUCGAAAUGGGUCAUUUUUCACUCUUUCAGAUUUAGAGAGAAGAACAAUAAUCGUACUCAAUGUGGUUUGGAAGCUCCAAAUCAAUUCUCUACCAAUAAUGUACAUUGUAAAUUUUCAAAUAUUGCUUGAUAAAUUUGCUUAUCGCGUUAUUUUUAUGGUAUAAAGAAUUGAAAAUAAUCAUUUUCAAUCUUCACGUAACUGUAACGGAAUCACGCACAAAGAUGUAAAACUGUUAGAAAGAUCGAAUAUAUUAUAUAUCUAUCAGAGUUUAAAUAUUUGUAGUACCGUGGAUUAUGCAAGAAAUAGUUUUCUAUCGGUUAAAAUGUCGUUGUUUCGCUUAUAUAGCGAUGUGUUUUACAGAAGUUGAAAUCGAACUCGUAUCGUAAGCAAUGUAAGUUAUUUGUUCAAAAACUCUGAAUAUAAAAGAAUAAUUAGAAUUUGCAUCAUACAAUGUUAUAUGCAGUUGGCCUGCGUCUUGUUAACAAAAGCACGCUGUAUAGAAUGUAUUAGAAACGAGAAUUUGUAAUCAACAAAAAAUUCUAUUUAUGUAUCUCGGUGAUGUGUGUAUAGCAAUUCACGAAUAAGAACUAAGCAAAUGUUAUUUUGUCGAUUCGAAACUAAUCUCGUUGUGUAUUCUUAUAUUGUUUAUUUAAGUAAAUACGUUUUUUGCAAA